AUGGCUUUCCCUCUCUUCUCUCUCCUCCUCUUAUUUUCUCUCUCCCUCCAACAACCACUCUCUUCCAGUGCAAAUCUCCACAGAACAACCCUCUUCAGAACAGAGCUCAUCUCUGAGCCCAAACCGUUAAUUAACACCCCACCCACUACCUACUUUGAAGUCACCAAACCCAUCGAAGUCCCCAAAACCAAACCUUGCUCAUACCACAUCCUCCAGCAUUACUUUGGCUACACAUAUGAAAAGCCACCAGUGCUUGCCAACUACACACCCCCAUCAAAUUGCGGAUCACAAAACUUUGGGAAGAUCGUCUUUGAAUGGAAAGCAACAUGUAAAGGUAGGCAAUUUGACCGCAUUUUUGGGGUUUGGCUCGGCGGUGUUGAGAUUCUUAGAAGCUGCACGGCGGAGCCCAGAGCUACUGGAAUUGUUUGGACUGUUCAAAAGGACAUUACAAGGUAUUAUUCUUUGCUCAUGACCCAUCAAACACUUGCUGUUUAUCUGGGUAAUCUUAUUGAUAAUACUUACACUGGAGUGUACCAUGUAAACAUCACUAUUUACUUUUAUCCUGUUGAAGAACAUGGCAGUCAUUACAAGCCAAAUUUGGGGAAUUUAGAUUCUGGGUAUGGUUCUGGGGCUGAUCUGAUCUUACCCAUUUCAAGAAAUUUGCCAUUGAAUGAUGGGUUGUGGUUUAAAAUCUUGAAUUCCACUGAUACAGAGUCAAAAGAGUUCAAAAUCCCCCAAAAUGCUUAUAGGGCAGUGUUGGAGGUUUAUGUUUCAUUUCAUGAAAAUGAUGAAUUUUGGUAUGGAAAUUAUCCUAAUGAGUAUAUUGCGGCAAAUAAUCUUACUGGUGUGCUGGGGAACGGACCUUUUAGGGAGGUUGUGGUAAGUUUGGAUGGUAGAGUAGUUGGUGCUGUUUGGCCUUUCACUGUGAUCUAUACUGGAGGGAUCAAUCCCCUCCUGUGGAGACCCAUCACUGGAAUUGGGUCAUUUGAUCUCCCUUCUUAUGAUAUUGAGAUUACCCCAUUAUUAGGAACUAUGUUAGAUGGAAAGACGCACAAAAUUGGACUUAGUGUUGCAAAUGCUUUGAAUGUUUGGUACAUAGACGCAAAUUUGCAUAUUUGGUUGGACAGAAAGAGCGAUAAAACAGAAGGACAGCUUUUGAGUCAAAGUAUGUUGCCUCUUGUUGUUUCUUUGGUAUCCAAUUUUACAGGUCUGGAUGGAAAAUUUGUUACCAGUGUUAGUAGGACGUUAUCGUCAACUGGAUGGGUGAAGUCAUCCCAUGGUAAGAUCACAACCAAGUCAACUCAAGAAUUCAAUUACAGUAACUUCAUGGUGAUGGAGAAUGAUGGAAAUCUGCAGAUUAUUAAUCAGGUGAUUGAUUACAAUGAUAGUGUCUAUGCCACGACGCCAUCUUCUUCUGUUCGCUCUAUCAAAUCAUAUAAACGGUUUUCCUUUUACAUGCACUCAGAUGAUGUGGAUCAAGGAAAUGAAACUUAUAGUUCGCUAAUUAAUCUAACAUUGGGUUUUAACGAGAAAAAGAUUGGGGCUUCUGAUGAUGGUUUAUCGGUCAGCUCUCUAAAAAACUUGCAGAAUGGGCAGGGGUAUAUGCUUGUCAAGGGUAACUUGGUAGUCAGUGGAUUGGGGAGUACACAACAAACCUAUCGCUAUAAUGGUGAUAAAUUCUGCUAUUUUAGGAAUGUAAGCAGCUCAAACUACACUAUUCUUUACGAUAAAAUGAGCAACACUUGCGCCAAAAGAAAAUGGUCUCAUUCAGGUUUUGGGCUUGGCAAAUGGUGGUUUUUUCCCACUCGAAGGCCUUUUCUGGCACCUGUUUUUCAUGGCAAUAAAGGAGGGAUCUAA